AUGUUCGCUCCGCCCGUGGCAUCUUCGUCGCUCUCACCGCAAAUGCCCACAUUGGUCGACUUGACGAAUUCGCAGCGGUCGGUGGACGGGGAUGCGGCUAGCAACCGCAGCACACACUCGGUAAACUCGACUGCGAGCGGAAGCGAAUUCAGGAACGUGGAAAAGGCGCAUAGCGGUUCCAGUAGGGGUGGUAGGAGAUCUGGCAAUCGCCCUCGCCCCCGAGGACUGCGAGUCAGAGACUCGAAGAAGCCCGAGGGCUAUGAUUGGGAUGGCGAGGAUGAGAUCGUCCAAGACCAGCCAAUACAGAAUAGGCGGGCUCGUGGAGAUUCGACAGAAGCCCCCAGAAAAAAGGCUUUCCGUCAACCCCCGAGACGUGGUCAAGAUGAUAUACAAGAGGUCUCGGAGGACGACGAGCUCGCUUUUCAAACCGGGCGUAGUCGUCGAGCGGGAGAUGACAUCUCGGAUGAUGAUGGAAAGUCACCAGACGCCGCCAACACAAAACGGAAGCGAGGAGACAUGGCCAAGGUGAAUUUCGGAAAGUCGCAGCCGGUCAAACCGCAGCCGGUCAUAUCGCAGCGGGGCAUCCCCAAAGACCUUGUCCUCAAAGUUGUUCGUGCCGUCUCAGGGAAGGACACCUUUGAGGCCAAGAACCCAGAGGAGUGUGUUCUCCUGAAGCUCGACCAGCACUCUAGGAGCCUCAUCGCUUUCGAUCAGGCAGGCAGGCCUUUUUCGGAGAGAGGGUGGCUGGACGUCAAGUUGAUGUUCUGCACAAAAAUAUUUUACAGCAUCACGGGCACCCCAUUCGCGGUAAUUUGGAGGUCUUCUUCUCCAAAUGUUGGAGGCUUACUGGUGCUCGGCUUUGCUGAACCAGGAGAUGCCCACCACCUUGGAGAUUGGGCUGAAGCCAGGGUUAAAGCCUUCACUACACAGAAGACCGACUGUUCCCCCAAGGACAGCGAGUAUCUCCAGAAGAUCUAUGAAAAACAAAAAGCGAUUGCGGAGAAGUGGGAAGACAAAAAAGACUCUCAGCCGGAUGAUAUCAAGCUCCUGGAACAUAAAGAGGCGAUCAAGACCAAGGCCGAUACGAUGUCAUUACCGUGGACUCAGUCGAAAACCAGUCCCCCGAGCAAUCCACCACUUCGCGGUAGUAUGAAGGCAGAAGACUCAUCGCAUUCGUCGAAGCCCGAGAUUGCGCCGUCACGUUUUUCGAAAUCCGACACUACGACGUCUUCCUACUUCGCUCCCACCAGCUAUGACGCCGGGACUGAGUCUCGAAAGGCCAAGGAAUUGCCGCCUAGAGAAGCAAAAAACACCACGUUCAAACGAGGCCAGGAAUCUCCUCUUGGCAUGCCCAAACGCAAAUCUCCAAGCCCCGUUUCGUGGAUACAGCAAAACCCUGAUUGGGACAAGAUAUGGAAUGAGAAACCGCUCAUUUUCCCUGCUACAGGAAAGAAUAGAGCGUCAGUCUAUCGUGAUGAUAUUUCGCGCCUGGAAGAAGGAGAAUACCUGAACGACAAUCUCAUCGGUUUCUACCUACGCCACCUUCAAGUUCACCUGGAAAAGGAGAACAAAGCAGUAUCCGACCGUAUCUACAUCAUGAACACUUACUUCUAUCCGAAGCUGACUGACACCAAGGCGGGCCGAGGGAUCAACUACGAAGGCGUCAAAUCCUGGACUGCAAAGGUCGACCUUUUCUCCUACGACUACGUUGUGGUUCCCGUCAACGAAAGUGCUCACUGGUAUCUGGCAAUCAUCUGCCAUCCAUCCAAGCUGCUGAAGACAGAUGACGGUGAACCGGAAGUCAAAGAUGGCGAACCUCUAGAUGAGCCCAAAGAAGAAUCAAAGGGAACCCCAGAGGAGAAACCCGGAGGAAUCUCGUCGGAGGAAGGCAUUGUUUCUACUGUUGGCGAGCAAGUCGAACAGAUGAGUCUGGAAGAGAGCCAGCCUAGGGAAGAAGAAGAGAUGAAGGAAAAACCGAGGCCUGAAAAGAAAGACAAGGGACCGUCCACGAAGCAACGUCAAUUACGCAAAAACACAGGAAUCGCCUUUCGAAAGCAGGACCCCACAGAAGCCAGAGUCAUCACUCUUGACUCUCUGGGCGUCGGGCACUCCCCUACCUGCGGCAAUCUGAAGGCUUAUCUCGUCCAAGAAGCUAGAGAUAAGCGCAACACGGAAAUCGAACCGCCUGGCACUUUUGGAUUGACGGCAAAGAAGAUUCCUGAGCAGGAAGAUCACGCAAGUUGUGGCGCGUUUCUCCUUGGCUAUAUGCGUGAAUUCUUGAAGGACCCUGACGGCGUGGUCACCAAGCUAGUUCGUAAAGAGCGGCUAGAUUGGGACAUCACGUCCCCCGCGAUGCGAAGCGAACUCCGCACCAUCAUCAUCGAACAGAGGAAACUGCAGAAUGCCACCUUGGCGGCACAGAGGAAAGCUAAGCGCAUGUCUACUGGACAGUCCACUCCCGGCAAGCUGUCAGAUGAACGUCAAGAGAGCGAGCUUGCGCCGCCGAGAACUCCACAGCCUGUUAUUGACGUGCCAAAGGAUCCGUCAUCCACUGUCAAAGGAUCUCCGGCUGUAGGCCUGCCCCCCAGCAAUCGCAGCAGUCCGCCGGCGAAAAUUGAGGGCGGCGAGGUAACCACUCUCUUGGCAAAACCCAAUUCUUUGAUUCAUGGUAAGCCUGUCACUACUGGGGUCGAGCAAGACUCGGAAAUUGCUCAGCCCGUUGGCGUUGAGCAAGGCUCGGGCAUGGAAAACACCCGGCAUGUCGAGCCCGAUGCACAGCAUAUCGAAGCUUGUGAACCUGGCCCGGUAGUCGAGCGUUCUGUAUUGCCUGGCAAAACCAUUCUUCCGACCAACGAGCAAUGCGACGUGAUGCGAACUCUCGUGGACAGUUUGGAGCCGCCAGCGACGCCAAUUCGGGAGGCGUCGCGCAGCGGAAACUCAACUGGAGGUCGGCUCAGAACUAGCCCUCGUCGUCCAAAAACCAAGGCGGUCGAGGUGGACGAGAAUCAAAUGCUCCCCGCACUGAAAUCGACGCCGGCCCAGCCUUCCGAUCUAGUGGCACCAGGUUCUCGUAGUUCCAAAAAGAAAGUGGGCAACAGUCAAAUGUUGCAGCCACUUGCGUCUUCACCGGCCCGGUCUGCUGAGCAGAGAAAGGCAGCUAUCCGGGGUUCUAAGAGGAAACUCAGUGUCAGUGAGGAAAUACUAUGCGACCUAUCUUCUCCCCCGCCCAAGGCUGCUCGCAAGGAUGAAAAGACUGAAUCCCAACCCCAGAAAGGUGACUCGCCGAGUCAACAACUACUCGGUGAGUUGCAAUCUUCCAGCGACUCGGUGCCAGGGCAGACCCGCACAUCCGGAGGGGAUGUCAGAAUGCAAGAGAGUAUCAUCAUCGAAGACGCGGAACCUCCAAAGACGUCGCCACGCACGUUGACAAAGACUCCCACGCAGAAGAGUUCUUACUUUGAGGUUAAGUCGCCGCCUCGGUCUGCUAAAAAGAGGAAGCAGCCCUCUCCGCAAGACCAGCGAGCAAGAAAUAAGGCGAUACCGAGCAUCGAGAGGGACGUGAAGAGCUCAUUCAACAAAAUCCCGGGACCUGCGAACGGCUCUGAGACGGUGGAUCUUACCGUGAACUGA